AUGUCUUCUCCCUUGUUCUUGUGCAUCCUCCUGGUCGUAUUUGGCAGCUACCUUUCCAUUACUGCUGCAGGCGACGGUCAUUUCAGACACAAGAUGUCUGCUCCACGUCGACUGCAGCUCGGAUGUAUGUAUGUUUCAGUGACGCCGCUGCCAAACCGCGCCGGCGCCGCUGUGCCGCUGGUGCACAGGCAUGGACCCUGCGCCAAGUCGCAGUCCACCGACAAGCCAUCGUCUUUCGCCGAUGCGCUUCACAGAAGCCGCGUCCGCGCAGACUACAUCAUGAGCAGGAGCAGAGCAACCACCAUGCAUGAGCAGGAGAAGGGCAAGGUGAGCGUCCCGGCGUACCUGGGCACCUCCGUGGACUCGCAAGAGUACGUGGUCACGUUGGGCCUGGGCACGCCGGCCGUGGAGCAGGUCCUCCUCCUGGACACCGGCAGCGACUUGUCGUGGGUGCAGUGCGCGCCAUGCAACUCCAGCGACUGCUACGGGCAGAAGGAUCCCUUGUUCGACCCGCGCAAGUCCUCCACGUACGCUCCCAUCCCCUGCGGCUCCGACGUCUGCAAGACCCUCCAGUCCAACCACUUGGACAAUGGCUGCACCAUGAACGGCACCCACUCCCAAUGCGGGUUUCGAGUCGAGUACGGAGACGGAUCAAAGACGAAAGGUGUGUACAGCAACGAGGCGCUGACGCUGGCGCCCGGCGUCGUCAUCCAGGACUUCCAUUUCGGCUGCGGAUACAAGCAGGGCGGCCCGAACGACAAGUUCGACGGCCUGCUCGGGCUCGGCGGCGCGCCCGAGUCGCUCCCGGUUCAGACCUCCGCGGUCUACGGCGGCUCCUUCUCCUACUGCCUCCCGCCGGUGAGCAGCGGCACCGGGUUCCUCGCCCUCGGCGCGCCCAGCAACGCCUCGGGCUUCUCGUUCACGCCCAUGACCCACUUCGUGGAUGACGCCACCUCCUACCUGGUGAAGCUCACCGGCAUCAGCGUCGACGGGAAGCAGCUCCGCAUCCCACGGAAGGUGUUCGAGGGGGGGCUGAUCGUGGACUGCGGCAAUAUCAUCUCACAUCUGCCGUCGACGCCCUACGAGAAGCUGCGGUCCGCGUUCCGGGCGGCCAUGACGGCGUACCCGCUCAUCCCAAGCGAUGACGGCGACACAUGCUACAACUUCACCGGAUUCAGCAACGUCACCGUGCCCAAGGUCGCUCUCACCUUCACCGGCGGCGUCACGGUUGACCUCGAUGUCCCCAACGGGCUUCUCUUGGACGGCUGUCUGGCAUUCGCCGAUUCCGGGCCAGAUGAUUACGUCGGCUUCCUCGGCAAUGUUCAGAUGAGAACCUUGGAGAUGCUGUACGACGUUAAGGGUGCUAGACUCGGAUUCCGGGCCGGUGCCUGCUAAGUGUGACUCCUCAUCUCAACGUAUGCAUAUCGGGCUUCUGGUGGGAAGAUGGAGAGGAAUAAAAGAAAAAGCAUUGGUUCGCA